AUGUCCGCGUUUGGCAGCGCCGCAUCGGCGUUUGUCACCCACGUCUGGCUUAUCUCAGCCUCCGUGUCAAAGGUGUGGGCUCAAGGGGGGGAGGGGGCGGUGCCUAACCGGAUCCUCCGCGAAGCCAUUGCCACCACGUCGGCUGCGGGCAACGCGGCAACGUACUUGGCCAACGAGAUCGAGACCCUGCAGCAUGCACUGGCCGCGGCCAACAUCGACAUCCUCCCUUUCGUUGCUGCCCCGACGGGCGAGGUGGCGGCGGUGGAGCGGGGAAUAGACAGGUUGCAUAGGAAGCUAGAAGAGUACAUUCCGAGGGAGCUUGCUCAGCUCAACAACAUUGCGAGAGCGAUGGAGCACAUCGUGGAGGACCUUACGGCCAUGCCAGGAAACAGCCCAGAUAGCCCGGGCGAAGCUAGUUCGGCCGCAGAGAAGCUCACGUCAGGCCAAAAGGAGGCGAACUAUCGCAAGGUGGUGCAGCGACAUCUCAAAGACUUGAUCAAGCUGGUGGCCACGACGGUGCAGCACCGCGAAGGCGCCCGAGAAGACCCGAGAUGGACCAAGAAGCAAGUCGGAAAUGCCGGCGAUGCCUUUGAAGAACUCGACUCCGAUAUCGUGGAGGCCAAAGGCAUGGUCGAAGGAAGCUUAAUCGAUGCGGGAGGUCAUGGGGACAGCAGCGUAAUGAGCCAAGGAAGCAAGCAAAAGCUCAUUUCUGACCUUGACGACCUUGGGAAACAGAUCUGGCUGCAGCACGCCGAGACGAAGGCGAGGGAGUCCCGAGCUGAGAAGUUCGCCGCCGCCUGUCAUCUUGAGGUGAAGGAUCUCAGGUAUCUUCAGGAGGAUAUGGUUCUAUUGCGAGAGCGGGUGGCAUAUGGCGAGACGGGAGUGGUAAAUGCGGCAACACAGGUGCUCGACUCGGUCAGGCUCUUGAUCAAGGGCAUCAAGGAGAAACACCUGUUAUCUUAG